AUGUCUAGCAGAAUUAUCUCUCAUAUGAACAAGGACCAUCAAUUGGCCCUCAAUGACUACAUUUUGCACUAUGGGAAGUUUCCAGAGUCUUUAUUAGACAAGACUUCAGUUAAGAUGACUGAAGUGGAUGAAAAGAAGUUUACUGUUGAGUUUAAGGACAAAGCUGGUUCCUCAUAUAAAAGAAUCAUUUAUUAUGACAUUGAACCAACUACCUCUUCAACUCUGAGUAUCAAGGAUAAUUUAGUUACAAUGGCUAAAGCUUCUGCCUCAAAGAGAGGUUAUGCUCAUUACCAAAUCACAAAGGUAUCGUAUCCUUCAUUUGCAAUCAUGAUGUGGGUUUUGUUCUUUGUAUUGAAUUUCCUAAGCUUUGAUGCUGAAAUGUUCAAGACAGUCAUGAAAAAGAGUACCUUUCUUGUUGAAUUAUAUUCUAUGUUGCCCACAAGCUUGAAGAGUCUUCUUGUUGUUAUGGAAAAGUAUGCCAAUGUUAUUGCAUUUGCUACUUAUACAAUUCAUUUGAUUGAAAUUGCUUUUGUAACAAUACCUCAAGUUAAAAAGUAUAGAGUUCCUUUCAAGGCUAGUUUGAUGUGGAUCAUCAUGAAUUUUAUUGAAGGAUAUUUCACUAUUACCAGAUUUAAUAAGUUGAAACAAUAA